AUGAGCGACCCGGAGAGAGAUCACGCACUGGAGGAGUACAAGACCAAGCUGCUAGAGUCGCGCGAGUGGGAGGCAAAGUUGAAGGCGCUGCGGUUAGAGAUCAAGGGCUUGCAGCAUGACUUUGAUGUAUCAGAAGACAACAUAAAGGCGCUGCAGAGUGUUGGCCAGAUCAUCGGCGAGGUGCUCAAACAGCUGGAUGAGGAGAGAUUCAUCGUCAAGGCAUCUUCAGGGCCACGAUAUGUGGUCGGAUGCCGUUCCAAGGUUGACAAGCUGAAGUUGAAGCAAGGAACCAGAGUCGCUCUCGACAUGACCACACUCACCAUCAUGCGCAUGCUACCCCGCGAGGUCGACCCGCUCGUCUACAACAUGUCGCUGGAGGAUCCAGGGCAGGUGUCAUUCGGUGGGAUUGGUGGGCUGAACGACCAGAUUAGAGAGCUUCGCGAGGUCAUCGAGCUACCGCUGAAGAACCCCGAGCUCUUCCUGAGAGUUGGAAUCAAGCCGCCAAAGGGAGUGCUUCUGUAUGGACCACCCGGAACCGGAAAGACGCUUCUUGCACGUGCCGUCGCCAGUUCGCUCGAAACCAAUUUCCUCAAAGUUGUCUCCUCUGCCAUUGUCGACAAGUACAUUGGCGAGUCCGCACGUCUAAUCCGCGAAAUGUUUGGCUACGCCAAGGAGCACGAACCCUGCAUCAUCUUCAUGGACGAGAUCGACGCCAUUGGUGGUCGCCGCUUCAGCGAAGGAACCUCCGCCGAUCGUGAAAUCCAGCGCACAUUGAUGGAACUGCUCAACCAGCUCGAUGGUUUCGACUAUCUCGGAAAGACAAAGAUUAUCAUGGCCACGAACAGACCCGAUACCCUAGACCCGGCGCUGUUGCGUGCGGGUCGUCUCGAUCGAAAGAUUGAGAUUCCUCUGCCAAACGAGGCAGGACGUCUGGAGGUGUUGAAGAUUCAUGCCUCGAGCGUGCAGAAAGAUGGUGAGAUUGACUUUGAAUCGGUGGUCAAGAUGAGCGAUGGUUUGAACGGGGCAGAUUUGAGGAACGUGGUCACGGAGGCGGGAUUGUUUGCAAUCAAGGACUACAGGGAGAGUGUGAGCCAGGAUGACUUCAACAAGGCGGUGAGAAAGGUGGCUGAGAGCAAGAAGUUGGAGGGUAAGCUGGAGUACCAGAAGUUGUAA